AUGUUUUUUUUAUAUUUUCUCGUUCAGAUAACCAAUGAAAAAUAUUCAAAACGUCCAUUAGAAUUAAGUGAACGUAAUCAAAUAAUAUCAAAUAUGAAAGAUGAUAAUCAAGGUUAUUAUAGAAAAUAUAAUAAAUUAGCUUAUGAACUUGGUGAUCGUACACGUGAAUUUAUUUAUAAUCAAUGGUUACAUAUUGAUCCAUCAUGUAAACGUGGUCGUUGGUCUAAUGAUGAACAUGCACAAUUAUUAACACAUAUUCAUCAACAAACACAUAAAAUAACCAAUUGGCCAUUGGUUUCAGCUCCUGUACAAACACGUUCAUCUCGACAAUGUCGUGAACGUGUUUUAGAUACAUUAAAAAAUGGUAAUCGUACAACAAAAGAAAAACAUCGAUUAUUUACAUCAGAUGAAGAUCGUCUUUUACUUGAACAAUAUACUUUACAUGGUUCAAAAUGGUCUAUAAUAGCAAAAGAAUUUUCUUCACGUACUGAUAAUUCAUUACUUGUUCGUUAUCGUAUGUUAAUUAAAGCUAAAAAUCAAUGGGAUUGGUUUUGUCAAAUAAAUAAUCGUAUGAAAUGUUUUCUAUUAUUUCUAUAUAAUAAACAAAUAAAUAAUGAAACAUAUUUUAUUAAUAAAGACUUAACUGAUCUAUUGACGUUAUAUAAUAAUAGUAAUGGUAAUGAAAUUCGUCAUGAUUUAGAACAGUUUGGUUUCUAUAGACGUGGUUUACCAUUUCCAAUAACAGAUGAAGAAUUUCAAUGGUUUAAUCAAAAACCAGAAUUAAUUGAAAAUAUUGCACAAAUUGCAUUAGAUGAAUUUUCUCAAAAACGUUUAUGUUUUAGAAAAUUUAAAGUGGAAAUUAAACCUUGGUUUACAUCAUCAUCAAUUACAACUAUAUCUGAUGAUAAUAUUCGUCAAAUGCUUUAUCGAACGAUUCCUAAGCGUCGAAAACGAAAAUCUAUUAAUUUAUCUUCAUCAACAAGUAAAAAAUCUAAAAUCGAUACAAUUGAUCAUAAUGAUAUUACUGAUGAUAUUGAUUGUAAACAAGAACCAAUAGUUCCUCAACUUCCAUCAAUACUUACAACAACAUCACGUCAUGUUUUACGUCCAGUACCUAAUCAAUUUUUUACUUCACAAUCGACAACAAAAUUAUCGAUGACAAGUAGUAGUACACAUUUUUGUCCUUAUCUAAUUUUAAUUCGUCAAAAUUCAUAA